AUGCUGGACCGACCGUUAUCUGACGUAGAUGUAAACAUCGCGCGGAGAGGACAGGAAGUAGGACUAUCUCUUGGCUAUUGCAUGUCUGAGAUAGGAGGCCCACCUAAGAAGGUUGAAGACAUUGUUUUGUACACAAGGUUUUACCCUGAUGGAGGGAAGGGUAUAGGUGUGCGUGUGUGGCAAUUUGUACAAUUUUUCUAUACUAGAUUUUUCAAUAAUAAACGAUGUUGUUAUUAUAAGAUUGUUUCUCUUUUCUGUUUUACUCUAGGUCCUCUUGCAUCGUUCUUAGCCAAACGAUAUGGAUCAAGGGUGGUUGUGAUGUCUGGAGGAUUUCUGACUGGUGCAGGGGUGAUGAUGACUGCGUGGGCUAAUGGUGUCGCGAUGGUAGGAGUCGGAGUCGUCUGUUUAACAGGUAUCGGGUCAGCACUGGUUUACAUCGCAACUUUGAUCUUCAUUCGGCACAACUUUCCCGAUUCCCGCUCCUACGCGUUAGCCAAUGGGAUCACCGUAUCGGGUUCUUCGCUUGCCGUCUCUGUCUUUGCACCAAUCACACGCGUUCUUUCAGACACUUACAACUGGCGGGGUGCCCUCCUUAUAUCGUCCGCCAUCAUCCUUAACACCAUGGUCUUUGGCGCACUUCUCAGAGACCGGAAGGCCAUACCGAAAGGUAAACCAGAGCGCCUCAAUGACAGUGCAUCCGCAAUCGCACUCAUAGACAAUCAGACCACCUCAUCAAGAGUGACGUUAAACGGUGGUUCGACACCGGUCAAGCAUAGUAUAUCCAACGGCCAUGGAAGUGGACAUCAUCUGGAGAAUGGCAAUGAACAAUAUGCAGAGAGUACCUUGAUGACCAGUUUUGACGGAAGUGAAGCUCAUGAGAUGACAGAGAGCUUCGAACACCAUGAACACAUCCAACCGGAAGUUGUUCAAAGGACAAAAGAGCCCAUCCUGGCGGAUGUACCUACGACCAUUCUCCAUGGUCUUCUUCUCUUCGUUAUAUUUCUUUCUACCUCAUCUUAUUCUGCCGUCUUCGUGUAUCUGGCAGCUGCAGGUACGGAGAGGGGUCUCACACCUAUAGAAUCAGCCGGUCUCCUCUCGGCGACGGGGAUAUCACAGGCCGUUGUCCGGUUCGGUCACGGUUUCCUAGUGACGGUGGGCUGCAUCAAACCCCUUCCCCUCUACAUCAUAGUGCAAUUUAUCAUGACAAUCGGAAUUCUUGUUCUUGGAGUCUUUCAACAAUACAGCGUAGGCUGUUUUGCAGCCGUUUUGUUUGGCAUUGGGACUGGAAGUGUAAGGUCUCUCAAUGUAGUUGUCCAGAAAGAAGUGGACAGAAGGGCUGGAUCCACUGCUCUUGGUAUUGUGGGACUGGUCAGCGAGGUUGCUGCAGCGGUCGGAGGGCUUUUUGCAGGUUUGCUGAGGGACCGAUCUGGGGAAUACUUGGCCUCGUUUAUGGUCGCCUGUGGGAUGACAUUCGCCUCGACCCUUCUCUCUGUAGUCAUCAUGUUGCUCAAGCGGUUCAUUCCAUGUCAACCAAAGAACCAUGUACUUACAUGAGGACGGAGGACCGACCGAUCCUCGAAGAUGCAUCCAUGAAUCACAUCAACCUUCUCCAUGGGGACCAGGGUAUCGGGACAUCGGUGAACCACGUGGUUAUCUCACCGAAGCUGAACACCGUAGCUUUCGACCUUGGUCAGGAACUCAGUUGACCAUUUUUUUUUAUUUGGUUGACGAAAUUUCGGCCAUGCGAAUGAAAAAAGAAUAAUGCAUAUGUUUUUGUUCAUUUGGUCGUUGGGAUGGGUUUCGGAUAGUUGGUAUUACUGUGACUCAUCCGUGAGUCACAUUUUGGUCUAAAUUAAGUGGUAGCGAAGGACAGUAUAAUCAAUUAAUCAAUCAAUUUAAACCAAAGACCCAAAUUACUUGUCGCUAGUCGAGUUAAAAAGUAAAAAUAUUUCAACCAUGAUGUCUCAUUUCGAGAUGAUUUACUCUGUCCACUGAUAUUUAGAGAAUGGUAUUCAUUUUAAAGCUGAUAAUCUCUUUUGAGAAACAUUAACGGGUACUUUCAAAAUGCCAACCUCUUGGACAACCUUGUUCUUUUUGGAAGGGAGGAUGACGCAGACAAUGA